AUGGUGCUAGCAACCUAUACUCCACCCUUCCAAUCUUUUUUCUCCCGCUACCACCGAUGCUACUCAAUAUCAGACUCUUCAACUCCGACAAAGAAUUUAUUCGCCGGGUAUGCAAUAGAAUGGAAUUCUCACUCAAAUAUCAUUUCGGUAUCACUAUUUCUCAUAUGUUCUAUUCCACAUGGAGUUAGUGCAUCCCAACCCAUUGGCAUUGUUGGAUCUGAAAAAAAUAUCGGAAUAGAAGAAGAUUUUAUGAAGCUCACACCUAGAUGUACUGUGAAGUCGUUUGAUGAUAACAACCGGGCUGUAACUUUUGUUGUACUGGCGAAGAUAGCUGAAAUAGUUGAGGAUGGUCCUUGGUGGUACUCUGCUUGCAUUGUGUGUGUGGCAGAGGUGUUCAGGCAGAAUCUGGAAUUUACUUUUGUCAAUUUUGUAACAUCCAUGUUACAAAUGUUUAGAGUGAAGAUGUUGGCUGAGGAUUCCACUGGUGUUUCUAUUUUUGUCCUUUUUGAUCGUGAGGCAAGUUACCUGCUGAAUAAGAUUUGUGCCCAGCUAUUUGAACAACAUCUUAAGGAUGUUGAUGUUCUUAGUAGGCCUGUUGGGAUGGAAAAAUUUAAAGAGACUUAUCCAGUGAGGUGUGUUUGUGAUGAUGCUGCAAUACUUGAAAUGUUUGAGCUCUCUGAUUCAGAUUUGAGUCCUGAAAAGGCUGGGUUUGUACCAAAAGGAGAGGGAUCAUUUGGGGAACCCUCUAAGGUUAUCAAAUCACCGAAUUUGGGAUUGACUCCUUCCAGCUGCUCUGAGCUCUUUGCUGGUUCGCCUCAAUGUACCCAAAAAGAAUCAAGUGUUGUUGACUUGGGAGCUGAUGAAGAUGCUAAGUGUUCUCUCUUCAAGAGAAAAUCUGCUGAUGCUGUGGUGGAUAAGUUAAAUGAAGUGGAUAAUUCUGAAAAUUCAUGUGAUGAAGUUGAUGAAAGUGAAGAGGAGUAUGUGGUUGGCCUUAAUCGAGGCUCUCUUGAUGCUGAGAAAGAUGUGAAGCCUUCGUUGAAGACGUUGAGAAGAUCCUUGAGGCUGUAA